AUGUCCGUUGUGUCGCUGUGUCGGCAUGCAGCUGUCCCAGUAGGAGCAAAGGCAGCAGCGUGCUGGCCUGGCUUGUGUUGCCUUAUCCCAGCACAUCGUGAACAGUUCGAAGGAGCCUCCAGGAAGUGCCCGAUGAAGGCCAUGAGUGAAACUGCGUUCAUGCAAGUAUCAGAGAGAAGCAAAUCCGACCAGUACUUCACCACCUGCCGAGAUUGGGUCUCCCGCAAUAUUCUGCGCUUACCGGUUCCUGAUAUUGUGCGGCUGGUAUUCGCAUUUGCUCAGAACGAUGAUAAGGAGGGCGCUCGGGAAUUGGCUCGGCGUGUUCUAAUCCGGCAGGAAGACUUGCUGGACCAAGCCAACGGGCGCGAUAUUGCGAGGCUUCUCAGCACACUGGCCAACUUGGGCGUGCGUGAACACGAGACUGGCAUGCAGGACAUAUUCGAGAAUGCAUUCCCUGCCUUAGUGAAUAGAACUGGGCAAAUGCGGUCGUAUCAAAUCAUUGCUCUCUGUGGCGCCUAUAAGAGGGUCGGCAUCUUUAGUAACGACUUGGCGGCGAGUCUGGCGCGACGGGUUAUGCUGCUUGGUGGUGACGACAACCAAUUUGAUGCGAUUCGGGCUCUUCUCGGUAUCAUGGGAAACCUCAGUGUUUGCAUUGAUCGGGAAAUCCUUGGUACCUUGGUGGAGGCCGCUGCUAUUCAUGAACUACAGGGGGAAGUCUGCGCAUUCCGCUUAGCGGUUUUGCUGCAAAUUUGCACUAAACUCGACCUAGAGGAACACCCUCGAUUUCACGAGAUGAUGAGUGCCGUAGCAGCAGAGAUGAAUAAAUGGCCAUCUCGGCCGUCGAAGCCUCUGGUGGACACUCUCAACCAUCUCAUGUUAUCAUUGGUGUGUCGGCAUCGCCCUAGCGAGCGUCGACUCGCCCUCGCUGAGCUCAAGGAGGCCCUGCUUCGUAGUGUCCUCGAGUACUUGGCUCAUUCUGGCGUUAGCCCGUCGGCGUUGGACACGUAUUGCCAGAUCAAUCUCUGUGUUAUCGAGCUGCAUAUCAGACUAGAGCGGCCAUUCUUAUGGUGUGAGUUGAGCGAUAAAUCGCGAGACUUCUUGGCUGUAGUCUCCCAGCUUCGGGUCAACAAUCAGUAUGAUGCGCUCCCGGCAAUGUCCUCGCAGCAGCACUUAGUGGUCUCUCGGGAGCUUACGGAUCUGGGAGUGUCGCACACUUUGGAGGUAGCGCUACAGCAGCCCUAUGUGAUCGAUAUCGCCAUCUCGGGCUCGAGGAAGUUGCUUGAGAUUGAUGGGCCACGGCAUUUCAUCAACGGGUAUCGGUGA